GCUUUUCCUCAAAAAGCCGGUAAACCUGUGAUAUAAGCAAUAACAUAUUUCCUCAAGUAAAACAAAAUCUUGUCUCAGUUUGGAACUUACCUCAAGCGAUGGAAGCACCAGAGGAAAAUGAAGUUGCCCACAAGAAAAAUCUCCCAAAAAAGAAUAGAAAAAAUGCCAAGAGGUUUAGUGAUGAGCAAAUAAAGUCAUUAGAAUCCAGUUUCAAGCUAGAAAGCAAGCUUGAACCAAGUAAGAAGCUACAAAUAGCUAGAGAUCUCGGGCUGCAGCCGCGCCAAGUAGCUAUUUGGUUUCAGAACAGAAGGGCGAGAUGGAAGUCGAAGCAAAUCGAGCAAGAUUAUAAAGUGCUUAAAGCCAAUUAUGAAGAUUUAUAUGCGCAAUCCGAGUUUUUGAUGAGGGAAAAACAGUCUUUGCAAAUGCAGUUACAAGAACUAAAGAAUCUACUCAAGAACCCCCUCAAUGAAAAUGCCGAAUCCAAAGAAAUACUGGGUUGCUUGGAUUCUGAAGGAGUGGACCCCAAUGGAGUUAUACAUGCAGGUGAUGAGGAAAAAAUCAGCAACUAUUUUGGGCCGGAAGAAGAAGGCGACAGUUCACCAUUGGCAUCACCUGAAACAUGGUGCAAUCUUUGCUCAGAUGCCCUCUUUGAUGAGUCAUGUGACAAUCCCAAUUGGUGGGAGAAUUAAUAUACACACAUGCUUGCAAUUUAGGACUUUACAAGGAUUGUACAUUGAUGUUCUUCUUUUGACAAAGUCGGAAAAUGCUUACUUGAUUCAUGAUUUAUGUUUUUAUCUUUUUGCUUUUUGUGUUUCCAUUGACAUGAAUAAUCAUGUUUGUGUUACUAAAGAAAAUGUGCAUGUAUAAAGCUCCACUAGUAAAUUUUA